AUGGCCGAAUAUAAACCCAUAUCCUCCUCCAUAAUCCCCCCAACCGCGGCACCCACGACACCACCAGAUUCUUCACUUUUCUCACAACGAUCUCGGCGUCAAUUUGGACUGUUCAUGGGCGGUGCUGCAUUCUUUGCCCUCUCGGCUGCCAUUACUCGCAGAUCACUUGUAAGAAAGUAUAAGUCCUUACUCCCGAAAUUCUAUACGCCCAGCAACCAUGUUCCAGAAUUCGAGGGAUCCAUGGAGGCAUUGGAAGCAUUGAGUGUCGCGACUGUAAAUGUGGCUAGCGGCACUGUAAUGUUCAGUGGUGGGCUACUGUGGGCUUUCGAUAUUUCCACCUUCGACGACAUGCAACAACGGUAUCGGGCGAAGAUGGGACUACUCGUUCAAGAAACAAACCCAGAAGAUGAGAAACAAAUGGAAGAGUGGGUAACUUCGAUGAUGGUUAGAUUGAAUAUCGAUCCUAAGGAGUAUAUGGAUAAGAAGGACGAGAAUGCUCUCGGAGAAACCGAAGAGCAAGCGGAUGAUGUGUCUAUGGAUUGCAAAGUUACACUACGGAAGUAUGUUCUUGUAUCACGUCCACCAAAAUGGGCACAGCAAGGUGAUCGAGUUGUCGUUCAUUCUCCGGUGCAAGAUAUCACAAAUGAGUCCGUUAUACCUGUGAGACGAUUCAAUGGCGACGACGAAAAUUCGGUUUGUUUUAUGCCCACACAGGACAUCGAAAAGGAUGGCAGCAUUGCUCAAAUUAAUGCGAUGGUCAGUAGCACGGCCACCCGAAUCGAUGCUCACGGUGUGGCAUUAUCCGAAACCGAUUCUGACUUCGAGUAUCGACCUGGUGAUCAGUUUUGGCUAUUUAUUGCUGCUGAUAGAACUGGCUAUGAAAAUGAGGUUCCUGUUAUUAACCUACGAACGAUGGCAACGGGACGGGUGCCGAUCACCCAUGUAUGUUGGUUUCCGAGGAUGCAUGGACCGGGCAAUGAAGUAUGGACUUUUGGCAGCAGCAUCCGGAAGCUCAAGCUCAAGCACGCUGGGAAAAACCAAUUCACAUUCUGGACUUGGGGCAUAUGCCAAUAUUUGGACGGAAAGCCAGUGACGACUAAAGAGAUUCAAGUACCCGAAAGAAAUAUCAGUACCGAUGCACAACGAUGGCUAUCAUCUGCCGACUCUCGGCCACUGUUUUUCCAAAUCCUCAAAAUUAAGACCCAAGAUCAUCAUCAAAUCCAUUCCCCAUUGUCACUUUCACCUCAAUCAUUUUCAGAAUGCUUCAAAUCAUUAUUUCCUGCGCCGGCACCGAUAUUUAAAAUACUGGAUAAGGCUUUCUGGAUAUCUAUCAUGGAUCCUGCGUCGAAAGAAACACCAACGCUUCUCCGGAGUAGUCUCAUACACUCACAGCGAACUCUAUCCUCUCCUGAUCGUAGGAAAUAUCGACGAACUGAAGUUGAUGUUGAUGCUCGGGGUGAUUCGGGUUCUUCCGACAAAACAGCUACAUCCUCCACCAUAUCGUUUUCUCCCACAAUGGGGAAUGAUGAUACCCGUUCAUAUAGUAAUGACCUAAGUGAGUUAAUCUCGAAUCAAGAUGGGGAAGGUAUAGAGGCCGCGGUAUGCCACCUUGACAUAUAUCGACGACAAGUCGCCAAAGUUUUGGACCAAAAUCGGAAUAUAGAACGGCCGGUACUUUCUGCGGCACAUCCGCUCCUUAGAAAUGACCCUACAAUAUUGUCAGAAGGACAUCAAAUCAACAAGAACAUGCCAACUAUUGAAUUUCUCACAUCUGAAAGAAAUCACAACGCAGAACUGUGCGAUCGUGGAAAAGAUGAUUGCGAAUGGUCACUCCAAUUCAUUUCAAAACACUACCAUCCCGACCCUAGGAAAUGUCAUACCACGAAGUCUAUGUCAGAUCAUGAACAUUGCAUAUCAGCCAAACGAGCAUAUCCCGGUGCAGCUGGACCCUGUCUUCUCAUGGAGGGUCCACGCGAGCAUCACUGUUGUCUUUGGAAAAGCGAGGACACGAAUGAUUGGUCAGCGCAUGUUAAGAAGGAAUUCGACAUGGUAAAGAUAGCGGAAGCGAAAAAAUGGGACGCACCUAUUUUUGACGAGAGUAGAAAUGUCAAGGAAGAAGAUUGGUGUCCCAUUGGCACGCAGGAGUUUAUAAAGGACGAAUUUUGCUAG